UCGACAGGACUCACCGACAUUGAACACACGGUCGAGUCGCUCAACAUGUAUCUUAUGGGUUCACCUUUCAUCAGGGAAUCCAUGGUCAGCCACUGAGCCGCAGGACUUGAGUCAAUCAACGCUGGCUCAGACUGGUCAGAGUCCGCAUCAUUGACGACUGACCAGAGAUAUCACCACAGAGAGGCAGAGUAUGGAGCCUGAAGCCAGCUACUCACUGCCUUCGCCCGCCGACACUCCCUAUCGCACUCCCUCCAGUUCCCAAUCCUCCCGGUCGCGACGAUAUGAUGACAUGUCUCCCUCCUCCACGCCUCCUCCCAUGCCUGACGAGCAAGCCACCAAGAGGCGAAGUAAUGACUCAAUCAAUACUGCCCUCGACGAGAACAUCUCUCCUCUUGACCCCAGACGGUUCACACCAACCCUCCACGCUUCAUUGGUCUCGGAGAUCUUGUCCUUGCGCAGAGAUCUCGAGAGUCGAACCAAUGACAUAGAGAGACUCGAGAUCUCCCUUCAUGCCACGCAGUCUGAGAAUGAAAACCUGACCAACACCCUUCUACAAGCCAGUAAAGAGUCGAGGUCAGUGAAGCGGCAGAUGCAACUCCUUGAGGGAGGUACACUCUCUGCACUGAACGAACUUGCCAAAGAACGGGACGAUGCACUGAACGACAUUUCAGAUAUGCGCAAGCGUCUCGACCACAGUCAAAAGAGGGCGAAAAGCCAAGAAGAGACUGCGGACAGAACUCAAGCGCUAUGGGACAAAGACAAAGAGACAUGGAUCACUGAGAAGCGAGGCCUGGAGACAAAGGUCCAUAUCGCUGAAGGUCGCCUCAAAGUGGUAUUGAGCGAGGUCGCAAAUGUCCAGCACCAUGCACCUCCCGGCUCUCCAACAGAACGAACAUGUCACAGCCGCAACAGUUUGAUGGACAGCCCCAGUAAAGGUUCCACCCUUACACGCAGGGGUCGAAGGCUCAGUGCCAACUCGAUCCAUAGUGACACGCAUGGUGGUCGAGUCUCCGUCUUGAGUUUUCAUAACGGUGUCUCAGUGAAUCUGGCGGACGAGCUCGCCUUCGACGAACUGGAAGAAGACAUAGCCAACGCUCAUGAUCAUGAAGAUGGUCGAGUCUCCCCAGAUGCACUUCCAGAAGAGCAUGUCCGGCCCACUUCGAGCCUAUCACUCAAGGCUCGCAAAGUCCUAGGCCUGCCAUUAGACUUUGAAGACAUCGAGCGAAAUGACAGCCCUGCAGGGUCACCUCAAGCUUUUCGGCGACGUCGACCAAGCAUCAAAUAUGUCGACACAGCAAUCCAGUUCUCGCCACCUCCGUCACCUUGGCCAGUGUCAGGAUCAUAUCACAAUGCCACCACUACUCCGCAACCAGAGAUCGACUUUGGGACCAUCAAGCACAUGACUGUGUCCCCAUCCCCCGUCAGCCCUGUCGACAGCGUAGAAAUUCCAUGGGAGAAGCAGCGACCAGUCAUGGUCUCAUCUGCCUCUCAGACCAUUGAAGCCCUACCAAGCCCACCUCUCACACCAGACAAACGCGAUGAUGCGUUGGCUACGAUUCCAGAAAGCCCCCUCGAACGAAGAGUUAUGGCUACCGUUGGCACGCAGACUGAGCCUGAGCCAGCCUUAAUGGACAAUCAUGGCCACAAGCACGCGGAAAGUGAAGAAAUGGUAGAUUUCAAGAUUCCCUUGAUUACCAUCGUCCCUCCUGGAUCAAGGCCUGCCACACCCCAAACUAAUGUCGUGCUACCACCCCGAACCAAAAAUGCAAGUACCCAGGUAAUCUUCCAAUCUCUUGGGGGGUAUCAAUCAACUUCGAUGCAGACAGAAGAAAUUCGAGUCGACAAGCGAGCCAUUGUACCACCCAGGGAAAUGCCACAACCUCCCUUGUCCACUCACUUCACACCACCAAUCUCAUCCGCAGCAAUGCCGCCAAUUGUCCCGCGAAAUAGGAUGUCCACCGUUGCAUCCUUGUUUGGAUCGAGACGUACUGUGGCCGGGCCUUCCAAAGGGCUUCCGGCUCCCUUGAACGAUAGUGGACCUCUCUCGCGAGAUUUUGCUUCCAACAUGCCCCGUCCUGUCAGGACAAGCAGCCUUUUUGCUGGGUUCGAGGAUGAUGCAGAAUUCAGGGAUGAUCUCCUUGCUGAUAACAGCUUCCCCGAAGACGAUAUUUUCAGUCGACCGACCGCCAAAUUCGUCCUUCGUUCGGGAAAAAUGGUAUCCCAUGAUCCACUCCUGGAAGACAUUGGUGAAAAUGUGGCAACAAGUGCUGGUGAAGCUGCUGCUAUGGAUACCAUCCGGCUCUCCGAAGACGGGCUACCACCAGAGAUGCGAAACGUCUUGUCCAAAGGUCGAACAAGCCCUGGCAAGGGUUCUCAGAGGCAGAACACCGGUUCAAAAUUGAAGAGAGUAUCCUCUGCCAAAUCUGGUAACAUGAGGAGGGCUGCCCUGAUUUCCAGCGGGACUGCAGCACACCAGUCGUCUCAUUCCCAGUCUACAACGGCUUCUUUCGACAGCAACAAUCCUCCUCCGUUCCCAGUUCCGCUGAGAUACAGCUCUGCGAAAAUAGGCAAAUCGAUCAGCGAGGGUGGUAGAAGCUCGCCAGGGAGCAGCAAUGCUUCCCCGACAAAACGACCUCGAACCAAGCAUACAAGACCGAUAUUGAGAAAGGCACGUUCAGGACCGGCAAUUUCCCCUCACUCCCAAGGACGUCGAUCCCGAAGCCAGUCACCGCCACUCGAUCCACGCGUUUCGAUUGUGCCAGAGAUGCCUAGUUUCCAGAUGCCAACUACGACUGCACCAGCACCAUUCCUAGCCGAGCCUUACAGCAACCCACACGAAGCAAGUGCACCACGUCCUUCAAUUGCCACGGGACCCCGUCGGCACGGUCCUCAUACCAAAACCAAUUCGGAUGCGGUCUCCAUGCAUCAGACAUCCGUCGUUGAUUCCAUUGCGCAGACAAUGGUCGGUGAGUGGAUGUACAAAUAUGUAAGAAGACGGAAGUCGUUCGGAGUUAGCGACAAGGCGGAUUGGGACAGCACCAAAAGCGUGGAAGAGAUCUCUCAGAGUGUCACUAGUAAUGGCGUCCGCCACAAGAGAUGGGUCUGGCUUGCGCCAUAUGAACGUGCAGUGAUGUGGAGCAGCAAGCAACCAACUUCAGGAACAGCCCUCAUGGGAAAGUCUGGUCGCAAACUGACUAUCAAGUCGGUACUAGAUGUGAAGGAUGACAAUCCCAUGCCCAAGGGAUCGAUCAUUGGACAACAAUUCAACAGAUCAAUCCUGAUUUUGACGCCUCAGCGAGCACUCAAGUUUACCGCAACUUCACAGGAACGACACUAUGUCUGGCUUACCGCAUUGUCCUUCUUGUCUCACUCGCCACUGAUUAUGAACGAAUUGACAGCAAUUCCUCCACCUCCGCCACUACCUGAGCACGACACGUUGAAUCAACCCACGCCGUCCCUUGCAGGCUCCCUUCGACGUCGGCCUAUUCGUGACUCUAUUCGGAUCGCAAAGAAUCCUGGCCGAGUUGGACCUGGCCCAAGGUCUUUCACCACAGACGGCUCUUUACCAGUCCAGGACUCUAGACCCCAAAGCCGGGAUUAUUACGACCCGACACAGGAUCCCGCGUUGCCACCUAUCAUCCCGCGGCAUUCAUGCAAACGCAGCAAUACCGCACCACGAGUACCACCAAGCUCGUUCCGAAGCUUCUCGGCCAAAGAAGCUGCACCAACAAUGUCCGGCCCAGGCUCUACAUACUCUCAAAGUGUGCGCUCUACAGCGGUCUAUUCCUCUGAUCGAGGACUUUAUACUCCUAGUGCAGGCAUGCAAAGCAUCGUCAGCAGUCGUAGAGGCAGUGAGGCGAGUAACUCUGGCCCACCGCCAAUUCCGGCAGCUUUUCUGGACAAGGAUCCGGCGAACACUAUGAGAAUGGAUGCAUUCAUUGAUGGUAAAACCUCAACGUCCUCCGGUCGACCAUCUUUCAACUUCAUGCGAUCAGGCCAAUCAAAACGGAAAGACUUGGCUUACUGGGGACUUGAGAAAGGACGAGAUAGCAUCAGUCCUGUGGAUUCUUUACUCCAUAACGAGAUGAUGGCCGCCAGCUCCUCGACACGGGGAAGCAGCGAUUCAAGGGACCCAUGGCGGGGCUUUUGACAUUGGUCCCUGACCUAUUGGUCCCAUGGACAGAGGAAGCAAGAUUACAUUUUCUGUUGAUAAUGUGUAUAUGUAAAGAGAAGGGAUGGAAAAGACUUUUUUCAAUCUCUGUGUACCAAAAAAAGGAACGACGGAACGACAUAAAAGAAGCCUAGCCAACGGGCGUGAGCUCCAAGGCUGGCAACAGCGAUUGCAAGGUGUUAUAUGGAGCCGAUUGGGUUGGACUUCUGCUGGGCUUUGUUUGACAUUUCUCUUCUAUGACUGGUAGAUUUGAGAGCACCGGCGCAAGCCUAUGGGCUGGGAUGUGUUACCUGGCUCGGGCUGUUUGUGUUUGUGUCUGUUGUUACCAUCAUACCCCAUUUGUUCUUGCUUUGCUCGAAAAAUGUCAUUUUGAGGCGUUUUGAUCGGAGGCAUUUCAAUACAUUCACUUUGACCUCGAUAUCUUUUGCUCUUCAACAAGGUAGUGGCGAAAAGUGAGG